AGACACACCAGCGCCUUUGUCCUUCUCUCUCUCUUUUUCUCCCAGCCAUCAGUUGGGGCCAUGAUGGAAGCCAAAAAGAUCGAAGAAACGCGCACUCUCGUGCAACAGGCCAACAGCGUGUUACUCGAGCACCUUAAACAAACGCCACGCACCUCGCUGAGCCAAAGCGAACGGCGCAGGCUUCGCGAGCUGCUGCGAUCACUGCUCCCGUCCCUCUCCAUCGUGCGCUCGUUUGAGCACCUGCAUCGCUUCCGCAGCGUCUAUGUGACGGUCGAAAACGCAGUCGAGCAGGUGCUCACGUGUCCGGCGCUCAGCGAGACAGAGACGCCGCCAGAUGAUGGAACGCGUCCUACGGGAGAAACUGCAAAUGCAAGUCUCUUCUCCGAGGCUGCGCAGCUUGCAGCGCCGACGCCGAGGGCUGCUCCAACUCAUCCAGCUGACGCCGAGGCAGACGCUGCUCCUAUGUGGAAGAACUUUUACGGCUGCCAAGAGGCCAUCCUUGCCCUUCGCCAGGCCACCACCCUUCCGCUGCGCUACCCGACCCUCUUCACCGGUCCGCGGCGUCCGUGGCGACGUCUGCUGCUGUACGGCCCGCCCGGCACCGGCAAGACGCAACUCGCAGCUGCCACGGCGACGGAGUUCAACGCCGUGUUUUUAAGUGUGUCAGCGGCUGAUCUGUUGAGUAAGUGGGUCGGCGAGAGCGAGAAGCAGGUCCGGCACGCGUUUGCGCAGGCGGCCGCUGCAGGGCCGCGCUGCAUCCUCUUCUUUGACGAGGUGGACGCCCUCUGCGGCGCGCGCGGCGGUCAGGGCGAGAGCGAGGUCGCGCGCCGACUCAAAACAGAGUUUCUUCUUCACUUGCAGAACGUGGCGGCCACGGUGGUGGUGCUGGCGGCGACGAAUCUUCCGUGGGAGCUGGACGCUGCAAUUGUGCGCCGUUUUGAUCGUUUUGUGCACGUUGGCCUGCCGUCCUUGGAGGAUAAGCUGCAGUUCUUGCGCGAUGGGAUGCGCGGCGCUGCAAACACGGUGACCGAUGCCCAGCUGCGUCGCGUGGCGGAGCAGACGAAGGGCUUUUCGCUGGUGGACCUGCGCCGCUUGCUCUCCGAUGCCGUCAUGGCACCUGUGACCGAGUGGCUUUCCGGACGUUCUUCUUUCCAGUGUAAGACGACGGAUGGGAAUGCUGUCCAGAAUGGCAGGGCAGCAUCUGAAGAGAAAUGCGGAGGGGGGGCUUUGUUGCCUGCGAAUGAAACGUCUCUCUCCUCGACGUUGCCGUGCCGAGUGCACUGCGGCGGCGAAGAGGUCGACGACGACAGAGCAAACGGAGAGCAGCGAGUGCUGGGCGACGCGAGCAGCGGCAGCGAGACGUCCGCAAAUGCCGGCUUCACUACUUCGUCUGCGUGCACUUCAGCAAACGGUACGCAGAGCCCUGUUGAUGCCUCUCUUGCAGAAAUUCUAUCCACGACGUCGGAUGCAUCGCUCGAUCGCGCCUGUGAAUUCGAUGUUCCAUCGGUGGAGGUAAAGCACUUUGAAGAGGCGUUGCGUCGUGUCGUUGCGACAACACCCGCAGCGGACGCUGCUCGGUAUUCCAGUUGGUCCUCCCACGUUGUGCAGUCGUGA